AGCAAUCAUCAACUGAUGAUCGGAUCGAUAUCUGAAAACGGGGAAUGGAUAGCAGUAUCUGACAUUGAACGUAUCAAGUUAUUCAAAGUUCUUGAAGACGCAAGUCAUUUAAGGGUACGUAAAAUAAAAGAUUUUCCACAAAUAACUAUAGACGGACGAAAUGUUGGAGCUAAUUUAUUAGGGUUCACACAAGACGGAAGUAAACUUGUGGUAGCUUUUAUGAAUUCAGAAAUAGUAAUAUUUGGACUUGAUAUUGAAGAAGGGGAUGAAGUUGAUGUCACAGUUUUAGAGCGAUUUGACGAAUAUUCACAAAAUCCCGACUGUGAACCAUUGACUACCUUGACUAUAAGUGAUGAUGAUAAAUGGUUAGCAACCGGUGACCUUUUGAAUCGGAUUAAUGUGUAUAAUUUGGAAACUCUUGAGCAUCAUAUGACUAUCGAUAAAUUUUCUUCUAUUCACACAUCAUUAACAUUUCAUCCAUUUAAACCGAUACUUGUAAUAACUUUAACGUCAAAUCAAUUUUAUCUUUUUGAUUUGCAAAAAAAGAAAUUAACUGAUUGGUCACAACAAUAUUCAGAAAUGCUUCCACGAGAUUUUCUUAACCUUAAAGAUAAGAUUAUGGGAUGUUCAUUUAAUCCUUCUUCUGACAGUAUGAUCCUAUGGGGAGCUAAUUAUUUAUGCUUGGUGGAUUUUAAUAAAUGUAAAAUAGAAGAUACCGAAGAAUUAAUAUGUAUUAGAUGUUCAGGAUGGCAAUCUAAACCGAAAUUUUUAAAUAAACCUAUGCAAAUAGAGCAAUCAGAUGAAAGACGACAAGAAGAAGUGGAGAAAAUAGAUGCGAAUACGAUAAAUUUUCAAUUAGUUACUAGAUAUCAAACAUUAAUGUAUUUAAAUUUUAUAGAACAUAAUCAAUUAGUCAUAGUAGAAAGAUCAUUUACUUCUAUUUUAGAGAAUCUACCACCAUCAUUUUAUAAAGCAAAAUAUGGUACAUAA